CGAGUUGGCUGCAACAAACUCCUAUCCCAUUAAAUAAACUCGCAGGCAUUAACUAGCCUACUUACUGUACAUCUAUUCAUCGGCUAUUGACAAGCUCUCCCUUUUCAGUUGUAGGCCUAUGACUGAAGCUCUCUCUAGCGCUGCCGGUGGACAAUCAAACCAACACACCCACCUCUAGACACACUCGCAUUUUCUCAUUUCUUAGUUCUACUAUAAUAUAGAUAGCUAAACGGACUCUCGGAGCUCACAAAUCAUAGAGACUUGUCCUGAAAAACUAGCAAUAGUUUAACAGUAAGUCUGAAAUUCAACAUGGAGUCCCCUCCAGAUCCAGCAAGCGACCCGGGCAACAGCGCCUCCGAGCCGGCUACCCCGGCCAGGGAAACCCCGGUAAACCUGGAGACGCUCCGAAAAGCGGACCAUCCAGCCCCUGUUCGAAGGCAGACCUGUUCAAGCACCAACAGAGGUGGACUCACGAACAAGCAAGGUAUUUCAGUAGCAAAGAAGACACAUACCUCUCAAAUCGAAAUAAUUCCCUGCAAGAUCUGUGGAGACAAAUCAUCAGGCAUCCAUUACGGUGUGAUAACAUGUGAAGGCUGUAAGGGCUUCUUCAGGAGGAGUCAGCAGAGCAAUGCGGCCUACUCAUGCCCCCGUCAGAAAAACUGCCUGAUCGACCGCACCAGCCGCAACCGCUGCCAGCACUGCCGGCUGCAGAAGUGUCUAGCAGUGGGCAUGUCACGGGACGCGGUAAAGUUUGGGCGCAUGUCAAAGAAGCAGCGGGACAGCCUGUAUGCGGAGGUGCAGAAACACCGGCUGCAGCAGGCGCAGCGCGACCACCAGCAGCCCGGCGAGGCAGAGCCACUCACGCCUACCUACGGCCUCUCGGCCAAUGGCCUCACAGAGCUCCACGAUGACCUCAGUGGCUAUAUGGACGGCCACACCCCCGACGGUAGCAAGCCCGACUCAGCAGUCAGCAGCUUCUACCUGGACAUCCAGCCCUCCCCUGACCAGUCCGGCCUGGACAUCAAUGGCAUCAAGCCUGAGCCCAUCUGCGACUUCGCCCCCGGUUCAGGCUUCUUUCCCUACUGCUCCUUUACCAACGGAGAGACAUCCCCCACCGUGUCCAUGGCUGAGCUAGAGCACCUGGCCCAGAACAUCUCCAAGUCCCACAUGGAGACGUGUCAGUACCUGAGAGAGGAGCUGCAGCAGAUGACCUGGCAGGCCUUCUUGCAGGAGGAGAUGGAGAGCUACCAGACCAAGCCCCGGGAGGUCAUGUGGCAGCUGUGUGCUAUCAAAAUCACAGAGGCCAUCCAGUACGUGGUGGAGUUUGCCAAGCGCAUCGACGGCUUCAUGGAGCUGUGUCAGAAUGAUCAGAUAGUGCUACUGAAAGCAGGCUCUUUGGAGGUUGUGUUUGUGAGAAUGUGCCGUGCCUUCGACUCUCAAAACAACACAGUCUAUUUCGAUGGAAAGUAUGCUGGGCCCGAUGUGUUUAAGUCAUUAGGCUGUGACGACUUGAUCAGCUCCGUCUUCGAGUUUGGGAAGAACUUGUGUUCUAUGCACCUGUCUGAGGAUGAGAUCGCCCUGUUCUCCGCAUUUGUGUUGAUGUCUGCAGACCGGUCCUGGCUCCAGGAGAAGGUGAAGGUGGAGAAACUCCAGCAGAAGAUCCAGCUGGCACUGCAGCAUGUCCUGCAGAAGAACCACAGAGAGGAUGGCAUACUCACCAAGUUGAUAUGCAAAGUGUCAACACUGCGAGCGCUGUGCAGCAGGCAUACAGAGAAGCUGACGGCUUUCAAAGCAAUAUACCCAGACAUUGUGCGUUCCCACUUUCCCCCCUUAUACAAGGAGCUCUUCGGAUCGGACUUUGAGCAGUCCAUGCCCAUUGACGGGUAGCCAGCAGCCCUGCCAGGUGCCAGUGUGGCCACCGUGGGGAAUGUCAUGGGGAGCAUGAAUCUGAGACACUUUAACGGUGCCCUGCACAUACCAGGACGGACGGCACGCUGCACACCUUUCUUUAUUUUUCUUUCUUGAGGGGAGGGGAGGGUUGGGGGGGUUUGAUUCUGUCUGUUUAUUUCACUGGGUUUAGUUGUCUCCGUUUAGAACCCAGGUGGGACUCUAAGCCCAGGAGACAUGAAGAGAAGUUGGAGACAAUGCUUUCUCUUUGGAUGAACUUUACCCUCUCAUGCACAUCAUUCCAGGAUGGUCCCAUGAUGUCUCACACUAAUUGUUUUGACUUGUUUCAACAAAAGUGAAUUUACUGCAUUGAGAAAAUUAUUGAAUUUGACUGUGCACAUGCCUAACCUAAAAACCUCCUCAGCAACCUAUGAUCUGGCUCUCCACCUCUCCUCUGGAGCUCCAAUGACCCAUGUCUUAUUGCAUUGGAAUACAGUUUCAAUCUAAACUGUAUCAUAUACCCCAAUGGAGAUAGCUGCCUGGGCAUGUUUAUCCUCCAUUAAUCCUUGAUAAAGCUUCUGUGAGAAUCUACAAAUGUAAAUUCAUUGCUGCUAAUGUGCAUGUCCUGGUCAAGUUCAGCCCCUGUUCUCCUGUGUUUAGUUGUAUGUUGGGAAUGCAGUGUUUAGAAUGAGAACUCGCAGCGACUUUGAGAGAGGCUCCGUGUGAGGCGAUGUAAACGGCACCUCUCUAUGGACAAUCAUCUAAAAAGAAAAGUAGAAUUCUGGUAAUUCUAGUCAAAACGCAAUGAUUUUAGCUGUCAAAGACUCCAUCCGCCAUGGUUGCUUAGUGAAAUCAUGUAAGGCCAUCUGCUAUUAAUCCUUGUGUGGACAGGUGCCCUGGAGAUAGGGCACCGCCACAACGAUAAGGGUCCAUUCCACCUGUUUUAUAAUGUACUACAGGGUAUACGGUCAUAAGUACUUACUAUACAGAAAAAAGUAAUGUUUAUAGAUUCUAUUUUAAAUAAAAUGUAUAAUAUUAGUAGUUAGACUAUUCUUAAUUGUUGAAUUGAUAAGGCACUAUUAUUUGCACCUUUCUUUAAUUUAAGACUUGUAUAUUACCUAGUGAUGUGUUGCAUGUGCACAAGAAAUACAAGUUGAACCAUGGUCACAGAUGCUUGUCCUGAGAGCUGCGGACAGUGCUGUUUUGGGUGGGGGUUUGUUUUGGCUAGUUUGGGUUUGGCUGUGAGAUUGCUAGCAUGGUAUGGUCUGGAGAGGCAGGCAGGUCACAUUCACUCCAUCACCUAUUAGUUUAACACCCCCGACACACAUGCAUGCCCUCUCAAACAAAAGCACAGAUGCACAAUAAACCUGGGCUGAGUCGCUGAUGCUAAAGAGGUUUCUGCUCAAUCCAACGUCUCCAUCUAGUGGAGAGAAGAGACACAGCAGGCCAGGUGAUGAAGAACUUUUGAAAUACACUGCAAUGCCAAUUAGAAAGCGGUCCACACACAGGCCUCUCUGACCAUCUGUUGAUGCUUCGUUUUACCCUUACAUGUUAGUGUGUUUGUGUUAUCAGUGUGGAGGAGUGAUUGUGACUGCCUCCUCCCCAAGGCCUCAGCCCAGCUAUGCCAUUUGUUAUGGGACAGAAAAGGAAAGGGGAAGAAGGAAGUGUAAUAUUCAAAGCCUUGUCUGGUAGUAAAGCUUCUAUUUUUGUAACAUGUAUAGUGAAUUAAACUCAUGAAAGAGAGGGGGAGAGAAAGAGACGUCAGGUAGCACUUACUAUAUUCCCGCAAUAAUUAGAGAAGCUGUUGUUUGUAUGACUAGUAGAGAAACAUGACAAUGGUAGAACAAGUGCUAUUUUCAGAAUGCUUUGUUGUUGUGGUUCUGUUUUGUUAAGUGUGUCUUUCUUGUCAGUGUGGUAGAGAAGCGAUAGAAAAACCCCUGGAUGUGCCAUAUAGUAGUUGUUGCUCCUGCUUUGCCGUCUACAUGUCCAUAAUAUAGAAUGAAUUGUUCUGACAUUCCAGAAAGCUCAGUGCUGGCUUGUAGAGAAUUAUCAUUUAAUCCUGAUAUCCCUUUAGAUAACCCAUAACAGCAUGGUUACAGUUUAGACACAACCCUCGCCAUAGUGUUUUUUGUUUUUUUCUGUUUGCACACGAUCAUUCCUCUGCCGUGAAAUUUGUACAAGACAUUAAGUCUUGUGCUGUCACCCCUCAGGGAAGAGUUAUUUUACGCUUUCUGUUUGAAAUUGUGUCUGUGUUGUUGGUCCUCAUUAGGUUUAGUUUAUGUUUUGUUCAGGGAUGUUCAAUAUUAAGUGGUUAAGAAGAAUAUGUCAAAUUCAUUGCUGAGUAGUAUUUUCCAUUGCUGAUGUAACGUUGGCUAAGCACCAGAAAUUCUAACUAUGCCCUAGAAGUCAAGCUCAUAAAAAAAAAACUUUAUUUUUCCAUGUUUACAGUCAGUUUCCCCAUUGGCCGUACAGAAUAGGUAUUAUUUGAUCUACAGUAUAUUUCUAUUACAUACAAUUCCAAUGAUAACAUUCUACAUGUCUUCUACUCCAAUGUCACCAGGGCCAUUGUCACAAACGUAUUAUUAUGAUUACCCUCUGUGUUAGAUAAACCAAAUAUACUUACGCAAUAUAAAAUAUAUCUUCUUUAGGCUGUAUUAAUGGUGUGCUUAAGUAAUCAUCUCUGUAAUGGUCCAAUGCUCUUUGGAUAUGUAUGGGCCUGGGUGACCACCAGUAGCCUCUAAUCCCAACCAGUGAAACCCAGUCUGUCUCAACCAGUGAUUGACAAUCAAGGUGAUAGCGGGCCUGCCCUGUGGCCCAGUGAGAGAGACAUGGAUGCUCAGGGAGGUAACAGACAGACAGACAGACCGGGGAAGCAGGUCUCUUUCCUCUGGACAUAAUGUAUGUGUAGCAUAUGCUUUGCUAUUUCAUUCAUUUAUGAGCUCCUCAUACUCUUUGACAGCUCUCAAUUUAUUAUGGGAGGCAGGAUAACUUUUUCGUAGCACAUUGGACAUGCAGUGCUGUCCCUUCUUUUCACUAAGUCAGUCAAAUCUUUACUAUAUCUAAGCUUUCCCCCAUAGCAUAUUCUCAGCCAAGAACUAUGUGGUAGCUGUGUGUAACUAUUAUAGGUUUCUGCCGGGUAGCCACUGGAGUGGAAUCCCAUUUCCUGAAACACAGAUGUCAUUCUCUGUCUCUAUGUCAAUCAAACUGGUCCUAAAUUAUAGGUCUGUUCACAGUGUUGUUAUGUCCUUCUUCUAGUCUUUAUUUGUGUACAGUUUGAUAGCAAUAUUGAUUAGACAGUGGGAAAUGAUCAGAGGCAUUGUGUCUGUCACAGUUUCAACAAACAUCUCUGCACCCACAUGGCGUGGGGGGAUACGUCACCCUGCAUGCUUUCAUUUUAGACAUGUUUAGCAAAGGAUUGCUGCUGAGUCUGCUAGUCAAUCAAUGUGAAUAACACCUUAUGGUCCUUCUGUCUCUGCUCUCUGUGUCACUCGUGUAAACAAGCAAUAGCGUGCGUGUGUGUAUGUGUGUUUGUGUACUCACUGUGUGCAUAAGACAAACCCCAGACAAGGCUUUAAUAAACUAAGAGGAACAGGGUUAUGUGAAUGAGGAGUCUGGUAGGUCUUGGCUUUCCCUGGAUUUGAAAGGUUUCGGUAACACAGAGAUUGUUCCAUCCCGUAUAGGGUUUAAGUUUUAUAAGCAUGACAUAAUACCGCUUUACAAUUUAUACUCCUUCAAAGCGCACUGGAGCAAAUGACUAUCCACUCAGUCUCAUGAUGUGCUCAGGGCAGAAUAAUUGGUAUGAAAAGAGACAAGUUGACAGCAAACAACACACCAUCCUGCUUGUCAUACAUGUCAUGUUGAGAUGAUUUGACUGCCUAGGAAUCAUGGGACUCCUAUUUAUUUGCCAUAGAAUAUAGAUUGUAAUGGUAGGUGUGAUGUCAUGCUUACAACUGUGCUGUGUUGAAGUGUUACCCAGAUCUAUCAGUCAAUUUAAUUGCAUUUUAACAAUACUCUCAUUUUCCAAAGCACAACUAAUACAAUUCUAAGAAAAAAAAAACUAAAAAAAAAACAUUUUAGAAUAUAGUGAAAAUGGAAAAUGGAGAAAAAAAUAUUCUAGCCAUAAUCGAAUGUCAAGCAAUAAUAUGUGGUGUAUUAUUUAAAAUUUUGUGCAUAGGCUUUGGACAUCUGCAUGUAAAUACACCUCUUAUUUAUCACUUUUGUUUUUGUUUUAAUUUGUGUUAUUUUGUUCUGGUUGUUAUAUUGUUUCAUCAGUAUAUUUGACUGGUUCUGUUCCCAGGUGGAGGAUAAGAACCUCAUAUGGCCUGUAAACUGUAUAUCUUAAUUUCUCUCUCUCUUUCCUUCUCUCUCUCCCUCAUCCUCAGCUUUUAAUCCACAAUAUUUAAUGUUAUUAUUGAUCACAUGUAUAAAGGUAACUUUGUAACCUGUAUGUAUAGGUAAGGAGAAAAUACUGCUACUAAGGCCUACAAAUAUUUAUAUGUUUAUCAAAUACACCAUGCUGUACAAUAUCUCUGUUUUUAGUAUGCUUCUCUCCUUUAGGAUUAGUUUGAUAGCGGAAGGGUGUGCCAACAUUUAUUUUGUGUUAUCUUGAUGUGUGGUGCUAGGUAAGUUACUUUUGUGGACAAAGUCUUGAUUCCUAGACUAGGCCACCCUAUUAGUCCAUUCAUUUCAUUGAGUAUUGGUGCAUUAUUGAUAUUAGGACAAUACAUGAUCAUGGUAAUGAUAAUGAUUAUGAUAGUGGUAAAUUUACUUCAAUACCCAGCCAGUACAGUACCUGUAUCAGUGUGCUAGUCCUGGGAUAAGGCUCUUAUUUCCUUCUCACUUAAAAAUUAUUAGCAAAACCAGUAUCUACUAAUGAACAGGUUAUUAUUUAAGGUUGCUCUUCUGAUUUCUGAAAAAAGGCUAAAACAUCAGUAUUGUUUUUAUUUGUUCUGAUUGUAAAAAAAACACUUGCUGGUCAUAGCUGGUCAUAUUUGCAAAUGCUAAGUAUUUACCUCUUUAAGCUGUGUAGUACUUUACUUUACACAGGAAAGUACUGUGCUAUUGCCCAUUUAAAACAGCCAUUUUAUGGCUUCCUUAUUUCAAAGUUAGUCUGCCCUGAAACAGUGAUUUUUUUGUUGUUGUUGACCAGCUUAGACCUUUGGCACCACAGUUAAGUGUUAUUAUAAGAAAUGUACAUGGAAAAGAUCACCAUUAGAGGUUAGACAUUCUUUUUAACCUUUUUUUCUUUUCACUCAGUAGCAAAUAUCAGCCAGAAUGUGCUUGCAAUAAUACACAAUGUACUACACUGAGUGCCUCUCAGUGUUACAGGAUGCAUAAAUGGUAUUCGAUUGUUGUUGUUUUUGUUUUCCAAACAUAUACUCAGCUGACAAUGUAUUUGCACGUAGGUGAACUCUGUCACCUAUGUGUUUCAAAAUUGUUCAUAUUCUGUCUUUUUAAAGUUCUAAUUUCACUGUUUAUUUAUGGCACCAUGUUAGAUGUUCAGUUUAUAUAAAUAAGUGUAUCCCGCUUGUCUGAGUAGCGUAACUGGGAAGGAUGUAGUAAUGUAAAAUGGUCAAAUCGAUCAAGUACAUUCUGGCUGACAAUAUUGCAUAAAAGAUGACCUGCUGAACCAGGUUCUGGAUUUUACAAAAGAAUGGACAAUCUACGAUGAUGUUUUUCACUUUGUUUUAUGAUCAUAAAAUGAUGAUUUCUUUAUUGAGAACAGAAAAUUGACUAAUGCAUUGUAUUUCAAAUAUUCAUAUGUGUAUGCAAAAGAUGCGUUCAACACAUCUGAAUUUCUUUAAUGUUCUGUGUUUAUUGUAAGCUCAAGGUGUUGGGGUAACUUAAUAUGAGGGGUGGAGUGUGGGUGGGAUAUUUAUCCUUGUGAAAGCAGUAUGAACUGUAGAAAGCAGAAACCGGUAUGUGGUUGUCACACAUUUUUAAGUCACAUGUUUGCUACUUACAAUGGGGACAGAUGAUCAUGUAUCUUUUGAUCCAGCUCUUUUGAACUCUCUUUAGCAGGUAGUCUAUUCACAAAACUAGUUUUGCUCCUUCUUGUCUGAUUCUUAAAUAUGGAAAUAAGUAUUUUGAUUCAUUUUGUACAUACAGGUGUAAAGAAAAAUAAGAAAUGUAAUGUCGUCUUUUAAAUACUUUCCAUUCUAAUAUGAAUGUUGUUAUAUUGUACUUAGAAACUGUACCUUUAAUAUUACCUUUAUUAAAAGUGCAUUGGACACAUCGAUUUUAGAUGUGCUUUAUGUGCUGUUAUCCCAUAAUAAAAUGUACCGCUUGUAAUGGGCUCUUAA